UCAGCUCUGCUAGCGGAAUCCGGAAGCGAAUGAAGUAAAACACCCUCGGAAGGAGCUUUUGUGGUUUGUUCUCUCUGGGAAGAUGGAGGAGUCUGGCUGUUACCGGUGCAUUGAGUGCAGUACAAAAGCGACUGAGCUGUACAAGGAUUAUCAACGUGGUGUGUUGCGGAUCUCUAUCUGCAAAUCCUGCCAGAAGCCAGUGGACAAAUAUAUAGAAUAUGAUCCUGUCAUCAUCUUAAUUAAUGCUAUCUUAUGCAAAGCACAAGCUUACAGACAUAUCUUAUUCAAUACAAAGAUAAACUUUCAUGGAAAACUUUGCAUAUUCUGUUUACUUUGUGAAGCUUAUCUCAGGUGGCUGCAGUUACAGGAUUCAAGUCAAAGUACCGAUCCUGAUGAUUUAAUUAGAUAUGCCAAAGAAUGGGAUUUUUAUCGAAUGUUUGGAAUAGCAUCUUUCGAACAAACUGCAUUUUUGAUUGGCAUCUUCGCUGCUCUGUGGUUAGUAAGAUCUGUUGCCCUGAAAACCAAGGCAGAUUGCAUAUUUCUUCUGAAAGCAUUGCUGUUAUCCAGCUAUGGAAAACUUCUACUGAUUCCAGCAGUUAUUUGGGAGCAUGACUACACUCAUCUGUGUCUCAAGCUCAUUAAAGUGUUUGUCUUGACAUCAAACUUUCAAGCAAUUAGAGUUACUUUGAAUAUUAGCCGCAAACUGUGUCUGAUGGUCAUUUUGAAUGGAUUAAUUUUCGAAAAUGGCAUCAUCUGCUUGUUCCAGAAUGUAGGAUGGACUGUCUGAGACAAUCUUGUUUCCUUAUGAUGGUAGUGGAAAUAUUUGAAGAUGUAGAAAAUUUUCCCUUUGAAAUCAUUCACUUCAUCAUAGUUCUAAACAAAGUAGUAAAGAAAUGUUGAAUGUAAAUUUAUUUAUUUAUUUAUAUUUCAAAGUUCAUCACCGCCCAUCUCGCACGAAAUGAUUCUUUCUAUACCAGAUCAGCCAAUCAGCCCAUACUAAUUUAGGAAUGAUGCACUGAUAUUUAAUUUUUAUAACUUAAUUUUGCUAUUUUUAAUGUGAUCGAGUUGUAUUAAAGUAAGAAUAUUGCUGUUUUA